AUGAUUACCUAGCUUAGUCAAAUUGAGAGAAGUUUAUCAAAAAUAACUAAUCCCUCUUAUCAGUAAUAUAGACACUAAUUUUAGUACUACGUAAGGUUCUAUGAGACAUCUUUCAAAAAGUCAAUCAUAAAUAACUAGAUCGAAAAUUUAUACAUCUUCUCAUCCUGAAUCUCAAUUCCUGCAAUUAGAUAAUGACAUUCUUGAAAUCUAUGAUGAAUUUGAAAAGAAUUACAAUGCCAUCCAAGAGAUAGACAAAACUAAUACGAAGAUAGAAACAAAAUAAAAAAUUAUUGAGCAACCAAAAAUUAUAUAACAACAGAAAAAGUUAUUAAAAACCUUCGAUGGAUUAUAACAAUCUGAUCUUGAAAUUGAAUUUAUUAAUAGAAUUUAAAUAGUCAGAUUUAGAUUUUAUUACUUUAGGAUUCGAGUUAAAGGAAAGUAGUGUAAUAAUGAAUGUAAAUCAAAUUUUAGCUCCAUUGCAGAUCUUGUUGAACUUCCCUUCAAAAAUUACAAGCACUUCAUACAAGCUAUUUGUUUCUACUUCAAUAGAAUUCCCAAAUAAAUUCAAUGCUGACUAAUCCGUUCAAAGUAGAUUUGUAAAGAUCAAUUCCAAACAGAAUUCAAAAUUGUUUUUUGAUGAAUAUGUGUACUUAACAUUCUAUAGCGAAUUUGAUGCUAUCAUAGGCAUGUAGAUAACCUUUGGAGAGUAAUACACAGCAUCGAAUGGACAAAAGUUUGUAUAAUCAAUAAUCAAUUUUGAUAUCUUUCAAGAAAGAAAAACAGUUCAUCCAAAAGAUAAGAUUCUAUAAAAUAUUGAAAUGGUUAAAACUAAGAUGUAUUCUAAAAUAGAUGAAAUGAUUAAAGCAUAACGUAUAAUUAUUUAAAUUGUUAGAUAAACAUACAAAAUCUUAGGAAACCAUUAAGAGAUCAAAAUUAAUCUAGAAGGAAGCAAGAUAAACAAAAUUAAUUAAACUAUUGGUCAAAGAUUAGAUUGCUCAGUUCAGGGAAGUAGAAAAAAUUCAUUAGAAAGAAUUGCAAUUAUAGAUAUUUGUAAAGAAAAAUUGGAUAUUGAUAACAACAAUCUUUCAUCUCAGUAAAUAGAUUCACAGAAGAUUGGAAGUAAAAUUUGUCUUAUUUCCAGAAAGUGCGACGCAAGUAUAAGAUAGCAGCGAGAGCUAACUUAUUGGUUUGGUAAUUACACACAAAGACUUUGAUUGAAGUAAGAAGAUAUGGAGAUAAUCCAUUCAUAAGAUCUCUUAGUAAAUCAUCUCUUGCUUUAUCUACUUUUACUUCUUACAUCUAAGAGAAAUGUUUUACAAAAGCCGAAAAAAUAUUCAGCCAAUUCUUAGUUGAUAUCAUCCUUUACUAAACUUUUAUUAACAAACAUAUAUAAUUGAUUUCUAAAAGUAAUUAAUAUGAUUCAAACUAUUAGUAAAAUGCAUAUAAAGGAAUUACAGAAAACUCAGAUUAGUUAGAAAGAAUUUUAAAGAUAAAUUUAUUAAAGCCUUCAAAGAAAAAAUUUAUGCAUUGUAUUAAGGAAGAGGAAGUGAUUAAAAGCCUAGAAUAAAUAUUGAACAGUAUUUUUGGCUUUGAUUUUAGACAUAUUAUAACUAAAUUGUUUGAAGAAUACUCAGCAAAAAUAAAACACUAAUGGAUUGAUUCUCGAAGAGCAAUUAAUGUUUUAUAAUUUUUAAAAAAAGUAUUAAAUUAAAAUAAAAAGAUAGAGCUUUUCAGUCUAAAGAUAAGAUAUCAAAUUAUACUCAUUGCCUAACGAACAAGAGAUGUAAUUGAUAAUUUAAUAAUAUUACAAAUUUAAAAAAUAACUGAGUUGA